CUCUGCUUCAAAAACGGUGGUCUUACGAAGGUAAUUAUAGUGCUAUAUAUCUGGAUGUAAGGUUCAGAAGGAAUUCCUCUAUAUUUAAUAUUACAUACCUGAAUAAUAACGGGCUGGGGAAAGUGUGUGGUCGAGAAGGGAAAUAUCCAGAAUAAUUUACAUUGAUUCGACACAACAGCAGACAUGGAAUGCAAUACCGAGGGAUGGGAAGGCAUGAGCCCUUCAUUAUAAUGUGUACUAUCCAUUUUGAUCUAAAAAUUGACUUUCCUCUUCCACCAAAGUGACCUCUCCCUGGCUCUUAGGACCCCUUCUUUAGAGUUACUAUCAUGCCAUCGUCCAGUCAUGGUGCUGCUUUCAGAUUUAGAUUACGGCAUGAAAGUGUUGACUGGAGAAGGAUUGCAGCUAUUGAUGUGGACAAGGUGGCAAAUGAACUCAAUUUUGUUAUGCUUCAAGACAACAUCAUGAACAUCACUUUUUGUAAUCUGGAAAAUGAGAAGUGUCCACAGUGCCAACACAGCCUGGAUCCAGUUCUUCUUAAACUGUUUCGACUUGCCCAGUUAACCAUUGAGUACCUGCUUCACUCCCAAGAGUAUUUGACUUCUCACCUGCAGACUUUGGAAGACAAAUUACAGGCUGCUCAUACUGAAACCGAAGAGUCAAAUCUGAAGAUGAAAAAACAGUUUGAGAUUGCAAAGUCUCUUAAACAGGAAUGCAAACGUAGGAAGAAGUUAAUUGCUACCCAGCAGAUACUAAUAAAUUCUAGUGCAAACUCUUAUCACAAGUGUCUGCAUUGUGAUAAAGCAUUUAUGAACUAUUCCUUUUUGCAAAGUCACAUGCAAAGGAGACAUCAGGAAACUGCAAGCCAUGAGAAACUCAAGCUUCGGUCAACUGAUAAACUGCAGAAUGAAAUAACUAAGUUGAAAGAAGAAUUACAUCUCACGAAGAGCAAACUUGAGGACCAACAAAGUGCUCAGCUAGAGAGCCUUUCUAAGGAAAUGGAACACGGGAAAUUAGUCGAACAGGAGUUAAAUAAAAAAUUUGAUAUGUGGAAAGAAGAUGAACAAAUGAAACUUUCAGAGGAAAUGACAAAAGUAAAGAACAUGUUUAGGCAAGAGUUUCAAGAAGUCACUAAAAAGAAUGAAUCCUUAGAAGAAGAGCUGCAAAAGCUUAAAAAAGAUAACUCUAAACUGAAAUCAAGCUUAGAUACUCUGCAAGAAUGUUCCAAACACAAUCAGAAAGCAGCUAACACUAAGUGCCAUCACAGCAUUCCUAAUGUGGAAGAAAUAUUGGAGAUUAAGGAAAAAAAAUGGGAGAAUAUGAUACAACUGCUUCGUCAAGAACACAAAACUGAAAAGAAUCAGCUGUUAUCUCAAAUAGAAAAUCUGAGAUUGACAUACAUUGAAGAAAAUGCAACAAAAAGUGAUUUCUACAAGAAGAGAUUAGAUGAUACUGGAAUCAGAUGUCAAGAAGAAAAAGAAAUAAUUAGGGCUCCAAAAGAAAAGAUCAUACAGCUGCCCUUAAAGUCAUCAACAGAUGUUAAAAAUCAACCAGCUCCAGGUCCAGUUACAUCAACCGUGCAAGUGGAAACAAAACCUAACACAGUAUUAACAUUUGGUCAGUCACAGAUCUUGGAACCUAUUCAAGAGCUUACAGAGGACGAUGGAGAUGAUUAUGAAGAAGAAUCAAGCUCCAAAAAAAUGCGUUUAAUAAAAGCCUUGAAGAAGGACCCAAUGUUAACUAAAGAACUGAGAUCAGUUUUGGAUCAGGGAUUGGCGGAUAAGCUAGAAUCUUUGGGAAUUCAACCAGGUACACGGGGCAUUUCAAGUGACCAAUUGAAACACAUUUUAAAUAUUGUGGAGUUCCAGAGGGCUGAGAAGGAGAAAAUAAUGCCAGAAAUGCAGACUUUGAGAAAGAAACUCUCCCGUUGUGCAACUCUCAAGGUACAAGAACACUCCCCUUCUUGGAAAUCUUCAUCUCCAACUCUUUCUGCAGAUGUUAAAUCCUAUCCUAUAGCAACUACAGACUCCAAGAUAUCAAAGUUAAAACCAUCAUUGUUACAUUUUUCCCAGGAUGAAUUCAAGCCUGAACAACAGUACACAGUUCCUAUUAAAAGUUCUACACCAAAACGUAAACCAGUUUCAAGCAAAGAAAUCAGAGUGUUAAAAUCCUCAAGCCUUACGACCUCACCAUUUAGUAGUUCUGAUGAUGAAUCUCAUAAGAAUGACACUCCUUUGUCAUCAUAUAAAUACCCUGUGUUGCUGAAGCCAAAAGAUUGCAUGAAUAAGAGAGACAACAUAGGUCUUGUUGCAACAGACAGCGAAUCAGAAGGAAGUUUUCUAGAAGAGCUUGACAGAGAUAUAGCACACAGGCACAGAAGUCAGAUGCCAGCUCCUGCUAAGCCACCAAGAGCAACAGUGGUAAAAGAACUCUCGAACAAAACUGAAAAACAACCAGCAUCCCGUGCAUUUGAUAAUAAACCAGCAAAUUAUGAAUGUCACUCCGUUGUAACAAAGGAUGCAGUCAUGGAAUUAAAGAUCUCAGAUUUUGAUGACAGUGAUUUUGACAGCUCACCAUUAGAAGAUGAAGCCUUUGAAGUGCCAAGACCUAUACAAUGCAAACAAAACCCUUCAAAAUACAAAAAUGAAUUUCCCACUAGAAAUGUGCCUUUUGCUGCUAAGCUGUCCAGAGGAGAUGCUCGUGAAGCAGAUACAUCCAGCACACUUGUAAGCAGCUUAGUUAGUGUGAGUGACCUCAGCGACUCAUCAGAUGUAUGAACAUAAGAUGAAAACAUCUGAAAUAUACUGAAAGUAUUGUUAUGUCAAGUGCCUUAGCACUGGGAUCUGUUACAUUUUCUUUUCCUUACAGUUAAAGUAUUAUUUUAUGAAUUUUAUAUUACUUUUAACAGCCUGUUAAAUCACUUUAUUAUGUAUAACAAAUGUAAUGUAAAUGCACAUUUCCUGCCAUAACACAACAUGAAUUAGAAGAGAGGUAGCAAUGUGUCCUUAUAUGUUGUAUUUAUGUAUACUAGAUUAAAGAGCCAGCUAGGGAUGUUUGUAAAUAGACAUAUGUAGAAUAAAUAAAAACAAACUUGGAAGCUAGAAUUCUAGAGGCUUUGACUUCUGGAAUUUGCAAUGGACCCGUUUUAUACGGUACAAUGGUACGUGUGUUUUUUUGUUUUGUUUUUAAAGCAGGGUAUCCAUAUGAAUGCCUAUUUUGUCAGUGGCAUGCUAUACAAUUGCUUACCACUUUGUGUAAUCUACAGUAAAAAUGUAGCUAAAUGUUAACCCUUUCUGAUUAGCAGUAUUUGCAACCUCUAUCUGUAAUAGGAAUAAUUGGUGCCAACUCAUGCUUGCUUAGUGAUGGUAACACUAAAGAGUAUUCUGUGAACUGGAUAGAUCAUAAUAAUUUACAGUUUUACAAAAAUAGAUACUUAGGGGCAUAUUUAUAAAGCUCUGUAUGGAGCUUAAGGUCCCUUGUUUCCAGCAAGCCUUCAGGCUCGCCGGAAACAGAAGUUAUAAAGCAGCGGUCUAAAGACCGCUGCUCCAUAACUUGUCCGUCUGCUCUAAGGCGGCGGACAGAAAUCAACCUGAUCGAAUACGACAUAUGACACCCCUGCCAGUGGCCGUGAAUCUGCAGGAGGCAACAUUGCACCAGCAGUUUACAAGAACUGCUGGUGCUAUCGAUGUGCAGCGGACUUGAUACAUUACUCCGUAUCAUGUCCGCUCGCACAUUGAUAAAUAUACCCCUUAGUCAUUCAAUUCAUUGUGUAUGGGUUCUAUUAUACUGAUUUGAUGUGAUGUGUAGACAUAUAUUUAAUUAUCGGCACUUAGUUUUGCGAUCGUAUUAAGUAGACAGUACAUAUGUAUUUGUCUCAUAUUCUCGUGAAGUUAUGUAUUCUGUACUAGGCAUAUAGUCUUUUUCUUUGUUGGAAUGGGAAGAAACCUUCCAGAAGUUUUCAAAAUGACACCCCAUUAAUACCACCCCCUUCAUCAUCAGUUAUUUCUUAACCUUACUAGUCAGGUAGUUGUAGCUUUACUCCAUAAUAAGUUUUUAUUUUUGUGCCAAAAAAGAAAGAUGACCCCUCUCGGCUGUAAGGGAUGUGAUUUAUGGGUUUUGGCUAACUUUAUAGGGAUUGCCCCCCCACAUGGACUGCAUAGCACAUUCAAGGGCUGCAUGGUUGUUAUGGAUAUCAUGUAAUCCACCUUUAAAGUGAUCUGUUUUUACUCAAAUUUGCAUGACGCAAUUCCAGUUGAAGUUGUUUAGUUUUAUUGCAAUUAGAGUUUGUCCCAGAGAAUCCAGUUUAUUCACCAGAUUAUCUCUCAAUUAGAAAAUGGUGGAAAGGUUUACCGGAGGAAGGUAUUCCCUGUCAGCACUGUGCACAAUUCUAUUUAGUUGUGUUGUAAUUGAUAAGAAGGAAAGUAUGUGUUUCAUUGUCUCUUCUAAAGGUUUUGGAGAUUUUUUAAAAUUGUAGUAUAUAAAAAUCAUAUAUAAAUCAUCAAUUUUCAGCAGAUGCA